CAAAGUCCUAAUUGCUCUUGAUAUUUGUCGAGGACUUACAUUCUUGCAUUCUUGCGAUAUUUUUCAUCAUGAUAUUAGAUGCAAUAACAUCAUGAUGACUACGAGACUUGAGCCUAAGAUUGCUAAUUUCAAAUAUUCACGGCUUUUUGAUGACAGAACAGUUGAUAUUGAGAACAUUAAGGAAAUCUUUCCUUGGCUGGCCCCAGAAAAGAUGAUGUUUUCAGAACAUCCCGUUAGAUAUACGAGUAAAUGUGAAAUUUUCAGCUUUGGAAUGUUAUUAUGGGAACUUUCGUUUAGAAAAAUUCCUUAUGAAAACAUGCGUGUGGGACAAAUUCGAGAACAUGUUUUGAAAGGCAAACGAGAAAAGAUGAACUGGAUUCCUGGAACGCCUGAAAUUAAAAAAAUACACAAAGGGUUUGAAAAAAUAAUUACCAUGGCUUGGCAAGAUGCAAAUUGUCGAACCUCUCUUCAAACUAUAUUUUUGAAGCUUUACAAGUUGGCAUCACAAAAUGAUAAAAGUAAUGAUUCCAAAAAUCCGCUUCCUAUUGAACCUAUAAGUAUGAGUGAAUUACGAGAAAAUCGGGAAGACCACAAGAUAUAUCGUUUACCCUAUGCACUGAUAAAUCCGCUUGAAUUUGGAUUUGAAGCCCAUAAACGAGAAGAUAGAAAGACUGCUUGGGAAACAUUCUGUGCUCAUGCUGAUUUAGGCAAUAUUACUGCCAAAUAUUGGAAAGGACGUUACUUAUCCAAAGGGUACUUUGUAAAGGCGGACCUAAAACAAGCAUGCGAGCUAUUCAAUGUAGCCGCUGAUGAUGGAAUAGCUAAUGCUCAGUUGGAUUAUGCCUUCUCACUUUUAAGCCCUGUUUCUGGAAUUGCGUUUGAUCUUGAUAUAUUCAUCAAAUACUUAACCAAAUCCGCAGACGGAGGAAACGUUGCCGCACAAUUUAAUUUGGGUGAUAUGUAUCUCCAUGGAAAACUUAAGUGCAAUUUAAAUAAGGAAUUGGGAAUAAAAUAUUUGAAGCUGGCCGCUCUCAAUGGUUAUCCAGAUGCAAUUAAGAUUCUUGAGAAUUUAGAAAUUGAUGUAUUUAAUAAUCAAUUUAGAUGAUCAUUUAACUUUAUUCGCG